UCUUUCUUUCUAGACGUUUCCUGUAAUGUUUCCAUGGACAAGGAACAGAAGCUAUCUAAACGUAAAAAUGAAGACGGUUGCAUCCUGGAGACCCUAUACUGCACGGGGUGCUCGCUCCAGCUGGGCUACAUCUACAGGUGCACCCCCAAGGACCUGGAUUUCAAGAGAGACCUGUUUUGCCUCAGUGCCAAGGCCAUUGAGAGUUAUAUUUUAGGGUCUUCUGAAAAGCAGCUUGUAUCAGAAGAUAAAGAGCUUUUUAAUCUCGAAAGCAGAGUUGAGAUGGAAAAUUCUUUGAAACAGAUGAAAGAUGUUUUGGAAGCAUUACAAAUGCAGCUGAUGAAGGUUGAAUCAAAAUUGUUCUCUCCCAAAAUUUGAAAUCUCCUCCAUGACCUCGUCUGGACCCCUCCCCCGCCGCUGCCACAGGGACGAUUCCAUCACCCGUAACAGUCCUGCUACCCUUUCACUUCACAGAGAACUGAAGGACUGCUAAGUGACCACGCACCUGGUAUUCUUUUGUUAACGGUCACGUGAGAAGAAUUGUAGAAUGUUUUAGAGCUACGUUUGAUGGUAAAGAGGUGCUUGUUUCCAAAUUGGAAUUUUGAAGCCAUUUUAUGAUAUCGGCUAGAAUGAGAAAUUAAGAGUUUAUUUUGCCUACCAACUCAUGAUUUUCUGUACUAUUUUUUUCUAUCAAACUGAUUCUUCUUCCUUUUUUUUUAAAACCUACGCUUCGUUUAAUAUGUUGGACGGUAUUUAAUAUUUAACAGUGAGAACAUCUUGGGUUUUUUUCCACCCAAGCUGUGGUUAGAUUCUCUCUGAAAACUAAUGUGUAAAGUUCUCUUGAGACCCAGUGGUUGGAGUACUCACUCUUCAGAACUGUUUGAAAGCUUAUACAAGGGCAGAAUAACUUGGACCGUAUAGACUUGCGUAUAAACCGACCUGAAUAUCAACCGAGGCAUCUAAUUUUUCCACAAAACUGCAUUAAAAAUGUGCUGAAAAACUCGUCUUAUACUCGAGUAUAUACAGUAUGUGUAGAUCUACUUAAUCCUGCUUGCUUUUUUAUUUACCAGUGUAUGCUUAAAAAAAUCUAAGACUUUUACUAAGGGGAGUAGUCAUCUCAGCCUGGGAUACUGGGGGAAACCUCAGUCUUUCAGUUUUCUCGUAUGUAUACAUUUUAUCCAAACGUUUUAUAUUUGUAACCAGGAAGAGAAUAAAGGCUAAGCUUGAUGUUCACAAA